GUAUCCAUAAAGUUGCUUUUGGAUAGCACAUUAUUUGCAAUAAUGAUGGAUCGCGUCUCGGAAUAAGAAUAUUACGCCUGCGACAAUUAUACUGGUCUGUCAUGUGCUAGCGGGAACGUCUAUACGUCGACCAAAAAAUUCCCUAAUUACAUUAGUUGUUGGUGCUCUGUAGGGUGAUAUAAGGAUAAUAUCGGAACUCCGCGAUUAAAAAACAAAUCUAAACUUCGUAGCGCCACAUCGUUUAGAAUCUCAGUGUUCCAGAAGCUUUUGUCGAAGAGUCGCUGUAAUUACUGGCCGAUCUUGUCGGUACUAUGCCGUAUAGCCUUUGCUAAAUAAAUCAGAAACUGAUUUACGUUGACAGAAGAGUUUAAAUAACUUAAAAAAUGGUGGAGGGUAUUUGGAGUUAUGUCAUGCAAUUGGCUUUUCUCUUAGGCCUCCUAGCCAAUCUAGUAGCACUUUAUAUCCUCUACAAAACGGCCUCUAGAAGAAAUAAAAAGCAUUUGUUUAUGUUGAGAUGCUUAGCUGCCAAUGACUUAAUGGCCCAAAUUGGAAUGGUCGUUCUUACAAAUCCAGGAAUCUAUACUUACUUUCAUCCCUCUGUAUAUUGUCCAAGUUUUGUGGUGGUACGGGCUUUUGGUCUUGGUUCUGGAUGUGUAGCAUUUGUUAUGGCGCUUGAAAGAUGGCUGGCACUCACAAGACCCUUUUUAUAUCAUCAACUUGUAACCUACGAAAGGCUGAAAAAGUUCUUGUUUGCGCUAUGGAUAACAGCCGUUUUGUUAACAUACAUGCCUCUAUUUGGAUUUGGUAUAUACUACGAUGCCUCAAAAGAAACCUGUAUUAGGUUUAGGUAUGCGACACAAUCCAAGGACAAGGUUUAUGCCUAUAUAUUCUUUGCUUUUGGGGCAACUUUAUUAUUAUGUAUAGCUUUUUGUAACACAUCCGUGAUCUGUGAACUUUCGAGGAUAAGGUCCCAACAACGUAUUUUGGUAAGAAGAAUAAGCAAAUCGAUAAUCAGCAACAGAGUUGGUGCCACCAGAUAUCAGACUCCGGAAGAAGUCGCUUUUGCAAAGUUAAUGGCCUUUGUUUGUAUUAUAUAUGUUGUAUGUUGGUCACCACAAGUGAUGACAGUACCGAUUGCCCAGUACUUUCAGUUGCACAGUUUAGCAGAUGAAAAGUUGAGAACAUUUUUUUUGGUGGCUGAUACUGGAUUGAUCAUAUAUUUACUGCUGGAUCCCUUCAUUUAUGUGCUUCAAGGAUACUUUGAAGGGCGUUUAAGGGUUAAUUGUUGCAGCAGACAGUCAGAUAGUAAUUUAUCCAUUCCUUCAAUAACGAAAACACACCAUUCCGACAUAUCAGUUUCAAUACCUUUUGAUGUAAAGGAUUCCAAACCCGAUGAUGAGUUCGUUGUUAUGAAUUCUAUAAAAUCUACUUAAUUUUCGAAUGUGAUAACAAAAUAAAAACGUUCUACACUGUAUAGGUUUAAAGCGAUAAGUUGGACUUAAAUAUGUUUAAAUAUUUUUUUAAAUAUUUGUAAGAUCUGUUUUAUAACAUUGGCGAAAAGCUAAGUGUAGUUGGUUUUAUUUUAAAAACUUAUCUGUUAAUGUAGAAGGGGAGGUCUUACAACAAAUCCUACAUAUUAUAUAGAUCUUAGAUAUUAAUAUACACACUGUUUUGAAACUC